AUGGACGAGAUGGAGUUUGGAAAUGAUACCAUUGUGACAGAGUUCAUCAUUUUGGGGUUAACACAAGAUCCUAUACUUUCUAUCGUCUUAUUUGUGUUAUUUCUAGGAAUCUAUUCUGUCACCGUAAUAGGCAACAUCAGCAUAAUCAUUUUAAUAAGAAGCUGUUCCCAACUUCACACUCCCAUGUACCUCUUACUCAGCCAUUUGGCUUUUGUGGACAUUGGGUUUUCCACAUCAGUCACACCUAUUAUGCUUAUAGGACUUCUUAGACACAGAACAGUCCUCCUUGUCACUGCCUGUAAAGUCCAGCUCAAUUCUGUGGUCAUGUUUGGGACAACUGAAUGCUUUCUGCUGGGUGCUAUGGCCUAUGAUCGCUAUGUGGCCAUCUGCUCACCACUGUCCUACUCAACCCACAUGUCCCCCAGAAUCUGCAUCCUCUUAGUGGGAGCUUCCUACGUGGGUGGGUGUAUAAAUGCUUGGACAUUUACUAGUUGCUUAUUGGGUCUGUCCUUCUGUGGACCAGAUAAGAUAGAUCACUUUUUCUGUGAUUACUCCCCUGUUGUGAAACUUUCCUGUUCAGAGCCCUCCAUCAUUCAAAUUAUUCCUUCCAUCUCUUCUGGAGCCGUCAUUUCAUCCACCAUGUGUGUCAUAGCUCUCUCUUAUGUCUACAUCCUCAUCACAAUCCUGAAGAUGCGCUCCACUGAAGGGAGACAUAAGGCCUUUUCCACUUGUACCUCCCACCUCACUGCAGUUACUCUCUACUAUGGGACUAUUACGUUUAUUUAUGUGAUGCCCACAUCCACACACUCAAAUGACCAGAACAAGAUAGUAUCUGUGUUUUACACAGUGGUGAUCCCCAUGCUGAAUCCCCUUAUCUAUAGUCUGAGGAAUAGAGAUGUAAAAGAGGUCCUGAGAAAGGCAAUUGUAAGAAUACAUUAUUAA